GUGGUCAAUGCAUUACUGCUGCCGGUCGUUGUAAGUGACAGCGCAUGUAACUUACUUCAGGAAACUGUUCUUCGUUCUUGUGCUUUAGGAGUUGUUGUAAACCUUACACAUUUACAAAUAAACGCGAAGUUCUCCGCAGUUGUCUUUAGGCAGCAGAAAUGGAAGAGCUCUGUCUCCGCAGAAGCAAAAAUGCCUCCUUGCGAUUUUGUUCCUGAGAAAUACAAAUCCUAUCCCUAUGAACGUAUGUGGAAGAUUCGUGAGCAGAAUGUUUCUCCUUCUCUGCGGCUGUAUUACAAGAAGCCAUUGUUGCUGCAUCAAGGGCACAUGCAGUGGCUGUUUGAUUAUGAAGGACGAAGAUACCUUGAUCUCUUUGCUGGAAUUGUCACUGUUAGUGUUGGUCACUGUCACCCGAGGGUAACCAUGGCUACCCAGAAACAGCUCACUCGCCUGUGGCAUACCACUAAUAUCUACAUGCACCCGUCAAUCCAGGAGUAUGCUGAAAAGCUAACUUCGCUUCUUCCAGAUCCGCUUAAGGUGGUUUAUCUGACCAACAGCGGGUCAGAAGCGAACGACAUGGCUAUGUUCAUGGCAAGGAUAUAUACUCGUAACUUCGACAUCAUCUCUUUCAGAGGAGCAUACCAUGGAGCCAGCCCUUACACGCUGGGAGUGACAUCUAUUGGUCUUUAUAAGCAUGGUGUUGCCAAUGGCUUUGGCUGUUCAACAACAAUGUUACCAGAUGUUUUCCGGGGUCCGUGGGGAGGCAGCCGUUGUAGAGAUUCUCCAGUGCAAACUGUGCGAAAAUGCAGCUGUUCUGAAGGUGCAUGCCAUGCAAACGACCAGUACAUGGAACAGUUCAAAGAUACUCUGAAUACCGCCGUGCCAAAGUCAAUAGCUGGAUUUAUCGCUGAACCAAUUCAAGGUGUUAAUGGAGCUGUUCAGUACCCAAGAAAUUUCUUAAAGGCGGCUUAUCAACUAGUACGGGAAAGAGGAGGCAUUUGUAUUUCAGAUGAAGUACAGACAGGGUUUGGACGGACAGGCAGCCAUUUCUGGGGAUUUCAAACACAUGGUGUAGUCCCUGACAUUGUUACCUUGGCAAAAGGAAUUGGUAAUGGCUUUCCAAUGGCAGCUGUUGUCACAACAAAAGAGAUUGCAAAUUCCUUGGCUCAAAACCUUCACUUUAACACAUUCGGAGGAAGCCCUUUGGCCUGUGUAGUUGGAUCUGCGGUUCUUGAU